AAGGAGUCUCGGGUGUCCACGUCUACCUGGCCCGGCUCUGACCCAGGAGGGCGUGGGGUAAAGGGCUAUAAGCCUCUCGGUUAGCGAUCAGCGGGUUGCGGCAGGUUAGUGACAGGCGCGCGCGUGGCCAUCGCCCCUGCCGCUUUGCUUGAGAGGACUGGAACUGGCGCCAGGAAAUAUUAGGAAGACGUGAUUUUCAAAGCUAAUUAUGAAAACAUUUACUAUUGGAAUCAGUGGUGUGACAAAUGGUGGGAAGACAACACUAGCUAAGAAUUUGCAGAAACACCUCCCAAAUUGCAGUGUCAUAUCUCAGGAUGAUUUCUUCAAGCCACAGUCUGAAAUAGAGACAGAUAAAAAUGGAUUUUUGCAGUAUGAUGUGCUUGAAGCACUUAACAUGGAAAAGAUGAUGUCAGCCAUUUCCUGCUGGAUGGAAAAUCCAAGGCACUCUGUGGUAUCAACAGACUGGGGAAAUGCUGAGGAAACUCCCAUUCUAAUCAUCGAAGGUUUCCUUCUCUUUAAUUAUAAGCCCCUCGCCACUGUAUGGAAUAGAAGCUAUUUUCUGACCAUUCCAUAUGAAGAAUGUAAGAGGAGGAGGAGUACAAGGGUCUACAAUCCUCCAGACCCCCCAGGGUACUUUGACGGCCAUGUGUGGCCCAUGUAUCUAAAGCACAGACGAGAAAUGGAGGAGAACGUCACGUGGGAAAUUGUUUACCUAGAUGGAACGAAAUCUGAAGAAGACCUCUUUUCACAAGUAUAUGAAGAUAUAAUACAAGAACUAGCAAAGCAAAAGUGUUUGCAAGUAACAGCAUAAAGAUGGGAUGCAACAAAUCCUUCCUGGAGUGAUUUAGAAAAAUCAAAGGAAUAUGUUUAAGAACCUUAACCAAGACACAAUAUGUACUGUGGUGCAAUGACAGCUAUUGUUUCAUAUGUUUGUUUCUUAUUGCACAUGGUUUUCUCGAUGUGUGGAGCAGUAAAUAUCCCUACCAAUGGACAGGAAUCGACCUUAACAAGUUGCUCCCAUUCCAGGAAGUGCAUAGAUACAGCAUAGCUCACAGUGAGUCAGAAAGUCUUCACUUUCUGGACGUAGCUCUAUAAUAAUGAUCGUCAACCUUUUCUGACUAGAACCCAGAGUAAGAAAUAAAGAUUACAUCACAAUCCA